GGCGGUCUUUGAAAACCGGAAACCGUCCCUGGAAACAAAAAUUGUUCGUCCACGUGGUUCAAUCAAGAUGGCGGCACGUGAAUGUGGAGAGUUAGCAAUUCUGAGUGUUUCUGAUAAGCAAGGACUUGUAGAGUUUGCCAAAAAGCUUGAUGGAUUAGGAUUUAAGUUAAUUGCAUCUGGAGGAACAGCAAAUAAAAUCCGUGCUGCUGGUAUUGCUGUCAGGGAUGUGUCAGAUGUGACAGGUGCUCCUGAGAUGUUAGGGGGUAGGGUUAAAACCCUCCAUCCUGCUAUACAUGGAGGGAUUCUUGCUAGAGUAACUGAAGGAGACAAAUCAGACAUGGAAAAGCAAAGUUAUGAGUAUAUCAGACUUGUGGUGUGUAAUUUGUAUCCUUUUGUAAACACUGUGGCAAAGGAAGAAUGUACUGUGGAAGAUGCAGUGGAGGAGAUUGACAUUGGUGGUGUUACUCUUUUAAGAGCUGCUGCUAAAAAUCAUGCUCGUGUCACAGUCGUUUGUGAUCCUGCUGACUAUAAUAGGGUAGUGGACGAAUUAACCUCAAGUGAUUACCAUGACACCUUGCCAAGCACAAGGAAAAUGCUUGCCUUAAAGGCUUUCAGCCACACUGCAAAUUAUGAUAAAGCCAUUUCAGACUACUUCAGAAAACAGUAUGGUACUGGAGUGUCACACAUUCCUUUACGUUAUGGAAUGAACCCCCAUCAAAAACCAGCACAGCUGUUCACCUCAGAAACCAAACUUCCAGUCAAUGUCCUCAAUGGCUCUCCUGGGUUUAUAAACCUCUGUGAUGCUCUAAAUUCAUGGCAACUGGUCCAAGAAUUACGCCAAUCCCUGAACUUGCCAGCUGCAGCAUCAUUUAAACAUGUAAGCCCAGCUGGGGCAGCUGUUGGGGUGAAACUUACAACAGAGCAGGCAAAGCUUUGCAUGGUGGAAGAUAUGAUUGACAGCUUGACACUACUAGCCACAGCUUAUGCCAGAGCCAGAGGAGCAGACAGGAUGUCAUCCUUUGGUGACUGGGUGGCGCUUUCUGACAUCUGUGAUCUCCCUACAGCAAAAAUUAUAUCUAGAGAAGUCUCAGAUGGUAUCAUUGCCCCAGGGUAUGAGCCAGAUGCACUAGAUGUAUUAAAGAAGAAAAAAGGAGGGAAAUACUGUGUGCUUGAAAUGGAUCCUGCAUUCCAGCCCCAAGAACUAGAGACCAGAACCAUAUAUGGACUUCAACUUGAACAACUAAGAAAUAAUGCCAAGAUUGAUGAGAACGUCUUUAGAAACAUUAAAACCAAGAGGCAAGAUUUACCUGAGACUGCUUUACGAGACCUAAUUGUGGCCAGUAUUGCCUUGAAGUACACACAGUCUAAUUCAGUUUGUUAUGCCAGGGAUGGUCAGGUUAUUGGCAUUGGUGCGGGACAGCAGUCUCGCAUCCACUGUACCAGGUUGGCAGGAGACAAAGCAAACAACUGGUGGCUGCGUCAACAUCCAAGAGUUCUUGAUAUGGUUUUUAAAAAGGGAGUUAAAAGAGCUGAGAUGUCAAAUGCCAUUGACGUUUAUGUCAAUGGUACAGUUGGGCAGGAUACUGACAAAGAAACAUGGGAAGGGAUGUUUGAAACUCCACCAGCACUUCUCACUGCGGCUGACAGACAAGAGUGGAUUGCUACCCUUAAGGGCGUCUCCUUAAGUUCAGAUGCUUUCUUUCCAUUUAGGGACAACAUUGAUAGAGCCCACCUGAGUGGCGUGGAAUUCAUAGCGAGCCCAGCAGGAUCUGUAGCUGACGAUAUUUGCGUCAAGGCAGCUGAUGAACAUAACAUGACAAUGGCUCUCACUGAUGUGAGACUCUUUCACCACUGAUACUAACUGGAGAAGAGUUAUUGUGACAAAGCUUGCAACUUACACUUUACCUUAAAAAUGGAUUAUAACUGUUGAGCGUUGUUUAAUUGUAAACAGUGCAACGCUUAAACUUAGCGUUAAAAAGUAAAUUAUCCCUUGUUCUAGUGUGUCGCUUGUUCGUGGACUUUGGCGUGUUGAUUUCCUCUCAACUAUAUAAGCACGAGAGGAUUUGUUUAAUUUGUAUCAGGUCAUAUUAAGCGAAAAGAAAAGAAAUGUGUUUUAGCAAGGUAAUAAAAGAAACACGAUGUAGGCA